ACCAAGUCAAGUCAAUACCAUACCAUAAAGUAGUAAUACAUCCUAUCUCAACAGUUCAAUAUCUCUCUCUCUCUCUUCCCAGUUCCCAAACAUUGUUCCUCUUCAACUUCGUCGGAAUCGACUCAGCGGCAGCAUUCCAUAUGACAUAGGUACACUCUUCCUAAUUCCUCCACUCUUCUCCAUCCAAUUCUAGUAACAUAGACAUGCAGCUGCACAUGAAAAUCUUUGUUCCUGGCACCAUCAUCUUAGCUGUUUUCUGUUUCGGGUAUUUAGUUGUGAUUCUCUGUCAGCGAGCUAGGAACUGUUUCGGGUAUUUAGUUGUGAUUCUCUGUCAGCGAGCUAGGAAAAACCAAUCUGACUUCAGACUAGCACCAAAGAAUGGUGAUUUAUUCUCAAUAUGGAAUUUUGAUGGGAAAAUUGCAUAUGAGGAUAUCAUUGAAGCAACUGAGGACUUUGACAUCAAGUACUGCAUUGGAACCGGAACUUACGGUAGUGUCUACAGAGCACAGCUACCAAGCGGCAAAGUAGUUGCCUUGAAGAAACUUCACCAUUGGGAAGCUGAGGAGCCAGCGCUGUUCAAAAGCUUCAGCAAUGAAGUAAGAAUGUUAUCGGAGAUCAGACAUCGAAAUAUUGUGAAGCUUCAUGGCUUUUGUUUGCACAAACGUUGUAUGUUCUUGGUCUAUGAAUACAAGGAAAGAGGAAGCUUAUUUAGUGUUCUAAGCAAUGAUACUGAAGCUGCAGAAUUGGAUUGGACUAAGAGAGUACAUAUCAUUGAAGGCCUUGCACAUGCAUUAUCAUACAUGCAUCAAAACUGCACUAUACCAAUCCUUCACCGAAAUGUGACUACAAGCAACAUUCUUCUCAACUCCGAAAUGGUGGCGUCUUUAUCCGACUUUGGCACAGCACGACUCUUAUUUCCUAAUUCCUCUAAUCGAACAAUGCUAGCUGGUACUCGUGGAUAUAUUGCUCCAGAACUUCCAUACACCAUGUCCCCGACUAAGAAAUGCGAUGUUUAUAGCUUUGGAGUGGUGGCCCUAGAAAUAAUCAUGGGAAGACAUCCUGGAGAACUCUUUUCCUUGGUAGCAACAUCUUCAUUGAUGUCGACAAAGUCAUCCUUGGGUUUACAUAUUAUGCUGAAAGAUGUGUUGGAUCCACGGCUAUCUCCUCCCAGGAUUCAACCGGUAGCAUCAAGUGUGGUUAUGCUAGCUACAUUAGCCUUGGCAUGCCUACGGUCGAUACCAAAAUCUAGGCCAACGAUGGAACAUGUGUCGAAGGAGCUUCUUAACCGUAGACCUAAACUGCCUAAGCCUCUUCAUGAAAUUUCCAUACAGGAACUUAUGAAUCAGGAAAUCGAGAUAGGAAAAACCAAUCUGACUUCAGAAGCACCAAAGAAUGGUGAUUUAUUCUCAAUAUGGAAUUUUGAUGGCAAAAUUGCAUACAAGGAUAUCAUUGAAGCAACUGAGGACUUUGACAUCAAGUACUGCAUUGGAACCGGACCUUAA